AUGGCGAGUAUGGGACCCGCGUUCUCACCACACCCGAACGCGAUGCAGCAGCAUCCCGGUGUCCCGCAAGGACAUCCCGGCCUUGCGCCCGGCAUGGCUCAUAACCCCAGCCAGCCCGGUCAGCCCGGCGCCAUCCCUCAACACCUCGCCGCACAGAUGGGCGUCUCGGGCCCGGGAGGACCCCAAAUCAACCCAGCCGCGAUGAUGGCGGCGGGUAUGCCGCCGGGCGUCAGCGGACCGGGUGGCCACAAUAUCCAGCAUAUGAGUCCUCAGCAACAGGCUAUGCUCUUCCAGCAGCAACAAAUGAGCCACAUGGCAUUAGUCAACAACCCAGCGCUUCAGGCACAGCUCCAACAACAGAGACUGCAACAGCUGCAGCAGCAGCAGCAGCAACAGCGCCACACGCAGCAGAUGAUGAUGCAGCAGCAGCACCCCGGCAUGUACAACCCGAGCAUGAUGCAGGCCAGCCAGAUCGCGGCUCUCCAGAGACGUAUGGGCGCGCAAGGGGGUGCGCAGGACCCGCGUACUCAGGCCAUGAUCGCCCAGCAGAACGCCAUUUCGCAACACCAACUCAACAACCAAGCACACAACCCGAAUCAGCUCCAGGUCCAGCAAGCCCACCUCGCGGCCAUGCAGGCUCACCAACAGGCACAACAGGCCCAGCAAGCCCAGCAAGCCCAGGCUCAGCAGGCUCAACAGGUUCAGCAGGUUCAACAGGCGCAAGCGAUUGCUACGGCCCAACAGCAAGCCCAGCAGGUCCAGCAGGCACAGGCCCAGCAGGCGCAGCAGCAAGCACAUCACCAGCAGCAGCAGGCUCACCAGCAGGCCCAGCAGCAAGCACAACAGCAAGCACAACAGCAAGCUCAACAGCAGGCCCAGCAGGCACAACAAGCUCAACAAGCCCAGCAGGCCCAGCAGGCAGCACAACAAGGCGGCCCCGGCCAGCCCGGCCAGCCCGGUCAGCCCGGUCCACCCGGUCAACCCGGUCAGCAAGGCCAGCCAGGCCAGCCAGGGCCGUCGGGCCAGCCGGGCCAGCAGGGCCAACCCCAGCAGCAACAACAGCCUAGUCAACCUGGCCAGCCGCAAACACCUCAACAGCCCGGCCAGCAGCCAGGUGGCCCGCCCCCCCAAAACGGCGGACCGCAGGGUAUGCAAGUCCAGAUGACCCCGCAGAUGGCAGGCCAACCCCAACCACAGCAGCAGGGCCCGGGUGGCCCUCAGCCGCCCCAGCAGAUGCCGCAACAGAUGCCGCAGCAUGUCACCCCACAGAUGCAGGCACAGAUGCAACAUCACAUGCUGCAGCAGAACCCUCUUGCUCUACAGCAAGCACACCACAUGGCCGCUGCCAAUGCCGCGCUCCAGCAGAAGCGCGAGCCUAUGCGGAUGCAGUGUCUGCUGCGGCUGACCCAGUUUAGCGAGUCUCUCGGCUCCUUCCCCGGCUCCAAGGGCAAGGAGGAUGUUGCGUACUGGGUCGACUUUGUCAACCGCUUCUUCUCGCCUGUUGGUGUCUUCCGCCACUCGAUACACAUUGUCGAUGGCGAGGAAAAGACCAGCAAGCAGUACGAAAUCCCCUGCUCUGCUCUGGCGCGGUACUUCCACACGUACUUUGAGAGCGGUGUCAAGAAGAUGCAGUUCGUCAUGGACAAGGGCUUCGUCGAGAAACCCAUCCAGAGCGACCGCUUCUGUGUCGAAAACUCCAAGGCCAACUUUGUGCAGUGGUUUACCAACGGCUCCCAGGUUGUCUCGAGCGGCUCUGUGCGCGUACAGUUUGAUGCCGAGCAAAAGUUUGAGCUGUUCGAGUUCAGCUGCGAGGACCACGAAGAGUUUUUGCCGCGCAAGAUGGUCAUCCAGGCUGCGCAGCCUGGCCACAAGUGGGUCAAGGAAUGGCGGAGUAUAAAUCUGAGCGACAACAAGCAGUCUCCCGAAAUGAGCAAGAAGGGCAAGGUCAAGCAGAUGAAGUCGCCCCAGAGCAUCCCCCCGGAUUUUCAGCUUCCCCACUCGAGCAUCAAGGAGAGUGUUGGCAUUACCGAGGCCGUCAACCAGUUCCUCGAGGUCGUGGAAGUCAUGGGCCACAUGACACCCCUCUUCAGUUACAGCCACGAAAACCCCAGCUUGACGGCCUUCAGCACCUUGGACCAGUACGUCCAGAAUGUCAUCCGGACUCCAGCCAACAACAUGAACGUCAACGGCCAAGGCGCAUUACCGCAGGGCGGCCCACGGACACCUGGCAUGGGUCAGUUCCCUAUUGGGGCCAGCCCGCACGCCGCGCACCUCCCCCCGCCGGGCUCACCUCAUGUUGUAGGUAGCCCUGCACCCGGCACCAUGCCGGCACCAGCCAUGCACCCGUCGCAGAGCCAGCAAGGCACCAACUCCAACGGCCCGAGCGCAAACACUUCGCCUGCCGGCACGAAACGGAGACGGCCGUCUGGUGUGAAGACGGAGGACGACGUGAACGGCGGUCCGACGUCGGCGCCGACACCGGCUGGCAACCCGCAAGUCAACGGUCUGCAGGGCAAGGCGAAGCCACCAACACCCCGGAUGCCUAAGAAGCAGAAGGUCAACGCGUCAUAA